UGAAACGCUCUGCAGUUUCCACGGUACUUUGUGAGUAUGUGACGAAGUGACAGGAAUUUUUGCUAUUUACUCUUAUAAUCCGUUGGCCAAAUUAGACUGCAACAAUGGCAGAAAAUACUUUUGUUAUUGCCAUGGUUGUGUUUACGCUAUUUUGGGCAUUUGUCGGAGGGGUAGUGCCAUGGUUCAUUCCUAAAGGACCAAACCGGGGGGUCAUCGUUACCAUGCUGGUGUUAACGGCAGUCUGCUGUUAUCUUUUCUGGCUCAUUGCGAUUCUGGCCCAGCUGAACCCUCUGUUUGGACCCGCCCUGAGCAACGACAGCAUCUGGUACCUACGGUACCACUGGAAAUAGAGUCAGCACCCCCACGCAUUAAAGUGCGCAGAACGAGGCCUCCUCCUAACCCCCCCCCCCCCCACCCGUC